UUUACAGAUCUGCAUUUGCGCAAACAUCCUCAAAAAUACAGCGGUGCUGCGACUGUUUUUCUCUUGAAGUGGACAAAACACCGACAGCUCAAGUCAUUUGUUUUUCAGCCGGCUACGUUCGCUUUGACACAACUAAAUGGGGUUUAAAGUUUAAUGUUGCUCUCACUUCCAGUACAUCAGAACUUAAUGCAACAUAUGUGGUUGUAAAUUCUUCACAAGAUUUUUCCACUGGGCAUCAUGAGACACUGAAAAUUGCUGCACAAGCUGAACUUUUUCCGGGUCAGCUGUCCGUCGACCAUGCCGCUGCCAAAUGGCUACUCCAUUAACGCAGCCUCGUCGGACGAGAGCGAGGACGCAGAGCGUCUCAUCGAGACCGUUUCAGUUCCUCCUCAGUGCUGCUCGGCUCGGCUCAACCUCGCCGUCCUGAUGUUCUUCGGCUUCUCCGUCGUCUACGGCCUCCGCGUCAACCUCAGCGUCGCCAUGGUCGCCAUGGUGAACAACACCGACCCCAAACCGUGGGAGAACCACUCCGUCGUACCGGCGGCGUGUCCGCGUUCGUCGGGGGCGGAAAACACCAGCGACACCUUCCAGCAGCCUGAUGGGGUCCCUCAGUACCCCUGGGACUCGGAGACCCAGGGCUGGCUGCUGGGAGCCUUCUUCUUCGGCUACCUGUGCACUCAGAUCCCGGGGGGCUACCUGUCCGGACACUACGGGGGGAAGCUCUUCCUGGGUUUGGGGGUGCUGGGCACGGCGGCCCUCACCGUCCUCACCCCUCUGGCUGCAAGGAUGGGGUCGUACUGGCUGUUCGCUCUGCGGGCAUUGGAGGGCUUCGGAGAGGGAGUGACGUACCCGGCCAUGAUGGCGAUGUGGGCUCGCUGGGCUCCUCCUCUGGAGCGCUCUCGUCUCAUGACCCUGUCGGGAUCGGGAGGAAACUUCGGGGCGUUUUUAGCUCUGCCGCUCACCGGCUACAUCUGCCAGGCCCUGGGCUGGCCGGCUGUCUUCUACCUUUUCGGGGGCGCCGGUUGCCUCUGGGCCGUGUUCUGGUUUAGUUUGGUGUCAGAUGAUCCUCGCACUCAUCCUCGAAUCAGCAAAGAGGAGAAAGACUACAUCAUAAACGCCAUCGGCCCUCAGGGUACAGGUCACGGCUGGUCCGUGCCCGUGCUGUCCAUGCUGCUGUCUGUGCCUCUGUGGGCCAUCAUCGUCACCCAGAUGUGCGCCAACUGGUCGUACUACACCCUGCUCACCUCCCUGCCCUCCUACAUGAACAACAUCCUGCACUUUGACCUGCAGUCGAACGGUUUCCUGUCCGCUCUGCCCUACCUCGGAGCCUGGUUGGUGUCGACGCUGUCGGGCGUCGUAGCGGACAAACUCAUCGAGAAGAAAGUCCUCAGCGUCACGAAUGUGCGAAAACUCUUCACGCUCAUAGGUCAGAUCCUGCCGGCCGUCUUCCUGGUGUUGGUGAGUUACUCCGGCUGCAGCCACAUCCUCACCGUCACUUUCCUCACGCUCUCCACCACGAUAGGAGGGACCAGCGCCUCGGGAGUCUUCAUCAACCAGAUCGACAUCGCUCCCCGAUACGCUGGAUUCCUCCUGGGAAUCACCAACACGUUCGGGACCAUCCCGGGAAUCGUGGCUCCGAUCGCGACGGGAUAUUUCACCGAAGACAACACUCUGGCCGGCUGGAGGAAGGUUUUCUGGGUCUCUGCGGGGAUCGGCGUCUGCGGCGCCAUCGUCUUCACGAUAUUCGGCAGCGGCGAGCUCCAGCCGUGGGCCGUGACGGAGGAGGAGAGGGCGGAGACCGACAAACGCAGGAGCGGGUCCAUCUCUCAAUGAAACGGGAACAAAUGCUCAGCGGUCGUAUAUAGAUACAUGUAGAUCUGGAGUUCUACCUCUUCUGUAAAAAUUAUGUUUCAGUUAUGGGAGUGUAUGAAUUAUUCGCACAAUAUGAGCCACGAUAUGUAUCCACAGUGGGUUAGCGCUGGUUGUUACAGUGUUUUAUCUCUUAUAGGUGGCAGUGUUUGAACUUAUUUUUACAGUGAAUAUAGAUUCUGUUCUGAAGGACCAGUGGGGAAACUCACAUAACGAUCAGAUCCUCCUGUAAUUAGAGGAGGUUGAUUAGAAGAUUAACCUGCUGGUUCUCUAAGGACACAUGGUUCAAGAUGUGAAACUGUUUGGGUGCAGAUCUGAACUCCACUUGUUUAAAAAGGUGGUUGGUCUGUUAUAUUAUGUUUCUGAUUUAGGGAGCAAUUGAUACAAUAUCCUUACAGGUUUGUGGUUUUGUCAUAAUUUAGUGGGAGAAAUUGGAUUUUUGUGCAGUGGUCUGGUGUGUUAAGCGCUCCUUAAAAAGGAGAGUUAGAAGUCACACAGACCGGGGGCUUUUCCCUCAAGCACGUUCGUUAGCAUGUUCGUUAAGUUAACUGGUGAUUCUAAGCUGCUCACACUCUUCCAAAUUUAAUUAAUGAUAAAAUUAUACGGGUCUUCCCAUCGGUCCGUGGAUAAAAUGCAGUCAGGUGAGACCGCUCUGUUUGUGAAGAGAGUUGAGAACAAACAGAAAAAAAGAUUAAACGAACCGACCUGAGGGAUAAAUAAGAAAUAAGCAUCGUUAGCGUUUUUAUGUGACUACAUCUUGAUCUCAACGACUGACACCGUAGCUUUUUGCUUUUUUUCUAUCAUCUCUGGGGUUGAGUCUAGAGAACAAAACACUUCAUAGCCUCUAGUGUUUGUGUUUAGAUAAAAAAAUAAUGUUUAAGUGUUAAAGUAUUCAGGAAACACUGACUGGAUUCACACUGCCUUAAAAAAUCAUGUUUACAUGCAAUCUUUCUUUCUUCUUUUAUUACUACUACUUCUUUUUUUUAUCAGAGCUCAGGUACAGCUCUUUCUUAAUUUUUAUCAUUGGAACAAAUGCUUUGUGAACAUACACUAGACACAAUAGGAGUUUUUAUCGCAGUGCAAGAGCUGCUUCGUUUACACCUGCCUCUGUCCAGUUGGACCAAAAGAAGAAGCACUUUUCACUUAAAAAAUACCACAAAUGCCUUAAAGUUUGUACCAGCACCAGUAACUUGAGUUUUCCCAUCAGGCGGGUUUGUCCGUUUUGUUAAACUUAAAGCACCUUCUGCUGCCAGCGUUUGAACAUCUUCAGUGUAAAAUGUGACUUUUUACGUUUUUAAUCGUUAUGUAUGUGUUCAUCAAAUUGUUCAGAUGCUGCAUUUCAUCCAUUUCCAGUAAUUCCAGAUUUUAUAAGAUGCAGAAACCCUCAUCGUCUUUGUCAACUCAAACCGUACAUCACGGUGCUCUGGGAUUUUGAAGAGAUGUUGUUUUAUUAAUUUAUUUACUUUCUGAGCUCGGGUGACGUCAUUAAGAUGUAAUUUUUUAUUGUGAAGACGAUGUUUUUCUUGGAAAAUAAAUAAAAUGAGCGUCAUGUGAAAGGA